GUGGACCUCGGAACAACCCGUAUCUCCCCGACCAAGCCCCGACGACUAUUUCCGGUCAUAUGACUGGUUCCCGAGAGCUUGUGCAGAAGCCAUAUACCCUUCGCGUUGUAAAUAUCAUUUCGAGGUUUAGAAAAGUCCAAAGUACAGCUCUUUCGUAGUAAAUCUAUUUCCGUUCAAUACACCGCCGUAUUUCAAAUGAUUUUUCAAUGAACGACGAAGCAAAUGAAGCAAAGUUCGACCCUCCUGACGAGAACAUAGGAGGUACUUCGGCGGACAUACAGUUACAAGUAGGGAGAGAUGAACAGAUCACGGGGAAUUGCCUCAUCUGCGGAGAUAGGUCGACAGGAAAACAUUAUGGAGCGGAAAGUUGUGAUGGCUGCAAGGGAUUUUUUCGUCGUAGUGUCAGGAAGAAUCACCAGUAUUCGUGUAGAUUUCAACGAACAUGUGAGAUAGACAAAGACAAACGAAACCAGUGUCGUUACUGCCGUUUAAAGAAAUGUUUUCGUGCCGGUAUGAAAAAAGAAGCUGUUCAAAAUGAAAGGGAUCGUAUCAUUAGAAGACCAUCGGAAGACCCAAGUGAUAAUAAUGGUAUCACAGCAAGCAUGCUUCUGCAGGCGGAACUGCUUUCUCGACCAGCUCAACCAAAUACAGACAAAGCUGUUUACAUUAAUCCAGACAAAGAGGCUAAUCACAAUGAGAUUUGUGAAUCCAUGAGACAACAACUUCUUGUCCUCGUAGAGUGGGCAAAAUACAUCCCAAACUUCUGUCAGUUGAGCCUUGAUGAUCAAGUGGCUUUGCUUCGAGCGCAUGCUAGUGAACAUCUUUUGUUGGGUUGUGCCAGACGCUCGUCAACUCUUAAAGAUGUCCUGUUGUUGGGUACAAAUUGGGUGAUAUAUCGUACUACGGGAGAACCAGAAAUCCAAAGAAUUGUUAGCAGAAUUUUGGAUGAAAUCAUUGAGCAGAUGAAUCAAAUCAAUAUAGAUGACACAGAGUAUGCCUGUCUAAAAGCUAUCAUAUUUUUUAACCCAGAUGCCAGAGGUUUGAGUGAUGCAAAGACAAUCAAGAAAAUUCGCUUUGACGUACAGACAACGUUGGAAGAUUACAUAAACGACAGACAAUAUGAGAAACGAGGUCGCUUUGGUGAGAUGCUUCUGCUUCUGCCAUCACUUCAGUCAAUUGCAGCACAGAUGGUUGAACAGUUGCAAUUUGUUAGGUUGUUUGGAACAACAAGAAUUGAUAAUUUAUUACAGGAGAUGUUAUUGGGAGGGUCAACAUUGCCUGAGCAGCUUGCUUCACUGCAAGCUAUGAGCCCAGGCCAAACCUCCCCCUCACUGAGUGUAACCACACCUCCUUUGGGUGCAACCCCUCCUACACUGAGCGCUGCCCCGACUAUCAAUGGUCUAGCCCAGUCCACACACGGUAUUGAACAGCUUGCGCAGGCCAGUAUGCAGUCAGCAAGACUUGUGACGCAAACCUCCAUGUACAAUGCAAUGAACUUUAACCUCGACACAAACGUGAACCUGAACGGCACCACUCCAGCUGCAUAUCCUGCAGUGGAUAUCAGCAGUUCAGAAGUAGUGGCAAACCCUGGUGAGGUUCUACAACUCAUUCAAAAUCCACAUGUGAAGCAGGAAAAAAAGAAUAAUAAAGGAAUGUAAUGAGAUAUGUCAAACAGAUGCGGUCGACAACCAUCUCAACAACCUUCGGAUGGUUAUUUCAUCAUUGACUUCAUCAUAGGAGUCGCAAAAUUAAAGCCCAAAAUUAUUUUCAUAAAAUGCAAUUGUAAAUUAGAAUAUGCACAUUCAUAAGUUAUUGGCGGUGGGCGAGAUUUUGGAAGUAAAAUGCAAUAGUUUACCCUGAGAAGUAUUGAGACUUAGGAUAUACGCAAAACUAUAAGCUACUAAGUAAAGUAUAGUGAACCAUACCAACACAACGCCGUACU